UCACUGCGGUCCAUCCAAUGGUGAGGAGCUGACUGAGUCGCUAUGGUGACGGGAUUGUUUCGACAGGGGCUGUGAUGGGUUGACAGGUGCGUGACAGUCGCGUCUGUGCAAGCAUGUACGCCAAAGGCAAGAACGGCGUGCCAUCGGAUAGUCAAGCCCGAGAAAAGUUAGCUCUGUAUGUGUAUGAAUAUCUGCUACAUGUGGGAGCUCAGAAAUCAGCACAGACCUUCCUGUCAGAGAUCCGAUGGGAGAAGAACAUUACAUUAGGAGAGCCGCCUGGGUUCUUACACUCGUGGUGGUGUGUUUUCUGGGACCUCUACUGUGCUGCUCCUGAGAGGAGAGAAACAUCUGAGCACUCAAGUGAAGCCAAAGCUUUUCAUGACUAUAGUGCUGCAGCGACACAGAGUCCAAUGAUUGGAAGUCCUCCUGGAGACGGUAUGCCUUUGCCCCCUGGAUUUUUUCAGCAGUUUAUGUCUCCUCGAUACCCAGGUGGGCCCAGAGGCUCUCUCAGAAUACCCAGUCAGGCUUUGGGCCCUGGGAACCAGCCCCUAUUACCUAGUGGGAUGGAUCCUACAAGACAGCCAGGCCAUCCCAACAUGAGUGGGACCAUGCAGAGGAUGACCCCUCGAGGAAUGGUUCCUAUUGGACCACAGAACUAUGGUGGUGGGAUGAGACCUCCCCUAAAUGCUCUUGUGGGACCUGGGAUGCCUGGGAUUAACAUGGGUCCUGGAGGAGGAAGACCAUGGCCAAAUCCACCAAAUAACAAUUUGAUCCCUUAUUCAUCCGCUUCUCCAGGCAGUUAUUCGGGUCCCCCAGCAGGAGGUGGCCCUCCAGGAACACCCAUCAUGCCAAGUCCGGCAGAGUCAAACAACUCAAGUGACAACAUGUACAGCAUGAUCAGCUCAGUCCCUCCAAAUGGAAACAGACCAAAUUUUCCAUUAGGUUCAGGUUCUGAUGGCCCAAUAGGCAGCAUGGCAGGCAUGGAGCCUCAUCAUAUGAAUGGUUCAUUAGCAGGAUCUGGCGACAUUGAAAGCCUCCCAAAGAGCUCCCCAGGAAACCUCAGCUUGAAUAAUCAGCCUGGCACACCAAGAGAUGAUGGAGAAAUGGGUGGCAACUUCCUCAACCCAUUUCAGAGUGAAAGUUAUUCUCCAAACAUGACAAUGAGUGUGUGAAAGGACAGCACAGGAGUUACGUUUUCACCGUGUUCAGCAAAAAAACCCAGGAUCUUCUCAACACCGGCUCUUUGAUUUUUUACUCAUUUUGUCUUUGGUGAACUAUUGUGAAUUACAGUUACGUCAUCCUACACUAAAUCUGAAUAAACUUAAGCAAGCCAUGAAAGAAAGCUGAAGACACCUUGAAGAAACUUUUUCACGGUUUAUUUUUUUCUCCUGUUUGAAUUCACACAGGGCUCAAUCCAUUUUUUAAUUACUAAAUCUUUCCAGAUUCAAGUUUCUGUAUCUUUUUUAUGUAAAUGUUUUUGCUUUCUUCUUUUUUUUCUUUUCUGUGGUAUACAGCACAGCUGAUACCCAAAAAAAAGCAGUUCCUUAA